GCUAAAACUUCCUGAAAUUUUUUGACUUCGAAAUUAAAAUUAAAUUUUCAUAUGAAAUUAGUAAUAUUAAACCACUUCCACAUUUAUAACAUUUUUUAUAGAACAAUUAUUACCAUUUUUAUAUUUGUUACAACUUUUUAAUAUGUUAAUGCCAACCGUAUUCUUAACACUUUUGCUUCGAUGUAGUAAUGUGACGUUUUUUUCCGGCGUUUCGCACUGAUUAAAAAUACUAUCUUAUCGCUUUGUUAUACAACAACUAUAUUUAUCUUGCUUAGGCGCGAUCACAGCGCGCGUUCACGCACAGCAACAACAAAACGAAAAAUAUCUAAAAAUGUAAAUUUCGCUCAUACAAUGGACAGCAGAAUAUUGAUAAUUGGUGCCGGAUCGGCUGGUAUUGCUGCCGCUAGUAGACUACUUCAGCGCGGUUUUAAAAAUGUGCAAAUUCUUGAAGCCAGUGGCAGGAUUGGAGGCCGUAUACGAACAGUUCCGUUGGGUCAGCAUGUAGUCGAAUUGGGCGCUCAGUGGUGUCAUGGAGAAAGGAACAACGUUGUGUUUGAAAUGGCAAACCCAGUGGGGCUCUUGGAAGGUUCCUGUUUUUCACGAAGAAAUAUUUUGUUGUUUUCCGAUGGAACAAAGGCUCUAUCAAAGGUAACAGAUCGACUGAAAACGAUUGCUGACCAAUUGAUGCAUGGUCCGGAAAUUAGGCAGUCUGUACAAACUUUAGGAGAUUAUUUCAUCGGCGCAUUUAAGCAACAAAUAAAGGAGUCCCAUGAUCUAAGCAGUAUAGAUGACAAUUUGGUGGAACAGUUUAUAACAUUUUACCACAACUAUCAGAAAGGUUAUCUGGCCAUCGAAUCCUGGCAAAAUGUAUCAGCAGCCAAUUCCGCUGAUUAUGAAGAAUGUGAAGGAGAUCUUAGAAUGAGCUGGAGAGGAAAAGGUUUCGAAUGCUUGUUAGAUUUGUUGAUGAAUAAUCAUCACAAUUUGUUUGACGAAAAAAUCAAGUUGAAUCAAAGAGUCAUACACAUAGUUUACGACGAAGAGCCAAUCAGGGUGAUGUGUGAACACGGUGAAAAGUAUGAAGCGGAUACUUUAAUUAUCACCAUUCCGUUGGGAGUUCUUCAGAAAAGAUGGAAAUCACUUUUCUCCCCGGAGCUUACCAAAUCCAAAGUGCGCGCUAUUCAGGGCUUGCAUUUUGGUACCGUCGAUAAAGUGUUUUUGGAGUUUGAUCAUCCAUUUUGGAUAGCACGUGGAAAUGUAUUUCGGUUACUUUGGAAACAGCCAGAUUUGGAGAUAAUACGAGCUUCCCAAUACAAGUGGGUUGAAGGUGUCACCACGUUCUUUUGCGUUGAUAGCAAUCCAAGAGUGUUAGCAGCGUGGUUAGUGGGAGCAGAAGGGCUCCAAGCGGAGUCAUUAUCGGAUGAAGAAGUUAAGAAUGGAUUGUUAUUGAUUUUGGGAAUGUUUUUCGCCGAUGUUGUUAUUCCAAAACCUAUCAAUUUCGUCAGGUCUACUUGGGGCAGCGAUCUGAAUACUUUUGGAGCUUAUUCUAGUCGUUCAUUGUUAACAGAAAAACUUGGAACCGGGGCGACUGAUUUAUCCGAACCAAUUACGAAUUCUGUUGGGAAACCCAUACUCCUGUUUGCUGGCGAAGCUACCAGUCACAAUCAUUGGUCAACUGUUCAUGGCGCCAUUGAAACCGGCUGGCGGGAAGCAGAUCGUAUAAUAAACUACUGCAAAUGAAGAAAAAUUUAACAAACAAAACGGGCUGAUAAAAGCUUUCCUUAAAUCCAAUUUUGAAUAUAAAGUCCUUACUGUAAUAUGGUGAGAUUUCGACAUCAUUCAUCUAGUUUUAGGCAAUGAUGGCCUAUUUAAAUACGCUUCCCUCCGUUAAAGUCAAUUUUUCGAUAUUUUUUUUACGAUUAUUGACAAACCAAAGACCCAGAAUGCUGAAAGGGUUUCGCUUUUUGUUCGAAAAAACAUUGUUGUUUUCGUAUCAGUCUAAAAUGGGCUAUUUUUCAUAGAACUCUUGAAAAUUGAAAAAUAAUUUUAAGACUGAUUUCUAACAAUUUUUGCAAUUCUUUUCUUAAAACAUUAGGCCGCCAAUUAAUAACUUUACGUACAUGUAAGCAAUUCUUUCCAGGAACAAAAGUCCUGAUAUCCAGUAUCCAACGAAAAAUUGUUUGAUUAAAUUACCAUUUGAAUUACUAAACUAAACGCUUGCAGUGCAACCAAAUAUCACUCCAAUUUUGGUUAACAUAUAUAUAUUUACAACAAUUCCUUGUUUUGCUUGAUGUCACUGAUACUAUAAAUUGCAAAUUUCAAUACUCAAGUUAAUAAAGUUAAGUUCGUGAUUUUUUUUAAAUAAUAAUCAAAAUUGCUGCUGAUAAAACCGAUCGUCGAUCUAGUAGCCCUGCGCGUAGCAAUGAAUUUGUCCAUACACGUGCAGACAAACGUCAAAGGGGUUGUAGAACAUAGUGUUAUAUUUAUUCAAUGGACUGUGAAACUAUAAACACUUUACUAUACUGUAAACAGGUAAGGCAAAUAGUUCAAUGUUCGGUACAUUUUUAACUACGCGUAAUACAAUUUCAAAUUGCAUUUGCUUGUUUUUGGCGAUCUAGGUCACAAUCCAAAAGCACGUGGUUUUUGCCUAUUUUUUGCUACUAAUACAAACAAAUGUCUUCUUUUUUCUAACCUAUAUAUACCUCAUUGAUUUUACUCUGCGUCGCUUCGAAAGAACCGUCAAUGCCACUGACGAUAGCGCACACAUGCAAUCCCAAACGGGCUGUUAUUUUUCAUAUCCUUAUGUAUGUCGGUUCUUCCAAGCUGUCGCUAAUGACAGCCCAACAAACAAUUGGGCUGAAUAAAACAGCUAAAAAAUUCAAAAAAGCUGUAUAAAGUCUGCAUACAGGUGAAACGGAUUGCCACAACGCUCAGGUUGAUUUAUCAGCUGAACAAGCAACAAAUUCAGGUUUAAACAAACUUGUGAAAUACUCCACGCCAUUACACUAAAGACACUAAAGUAAUUGGAUACUAAAAAGGUAAUUUUCACUAACAAUAAUAGAAAAAUAAAAGAUGAAAAAUACGCACAAAAGUGCAAAAAAUCGAAAGAUUUAGAUGUGUUCGAAUCGCCUAAACAAUGAGCCAGCUACUGUUGGCUGUAAAAGUGUUUUUCUACAAGCUGUACAAAUAAUGAAUAAUCGCUUCUACAGAAUCGAUCAGCAUGUAUAAAAGUUGUUUAAAUGGCUGAGUUAUUUCUUAUGAAGCCCUUGUUCGGCUAUUUAGCAGGCCGAAUGUAACAAGUAGCCGAUUAAGUUCUCCAAAACCGACUGAUUAAAAGCUGAUUAAACAUUUAGAAAUAAAUUAGUCGACCUAUGUUCAGCCGUCAGCUGAAUAAGAUUAGUUAUAAAAGCGCUUAUAUAAUCAAAAAAAAAAUUUUCUUGGGAGCCUUAACAGCGCGACAUCCUUCGGCAUAAAUCCGAGCGAGCUGUCAGGUGAUUAUGAUUCACGAGACUAAGACCAAUACUAAAAUAUAUACGUUUAAGAAAAAAGAAAAAAAUCGAAGAAGUACGAGUGCAAUAUCAUCGAUGACAACCGCAGCCGAUCAGUAGGCUGUCAACAAUCAACAGGACUUCCUGAAAAUGAACGUGUGCAACACAAGACAGAUUUGUUGCCUGUAUAAGUUUUAGCUGUAUGUGAGCUCUCAUGAAUAGUUUAUCAGGAGAGCCCAGUCGUCAGUAUAGUGUCGCACCGCAGUACUUUCCCGAAGCCUGUUCUGAACUAACCUAUUCAACCGUUAUGGUAGGGUAGGGUUUUUCUUAGCAUCUACUGAACCAAUCGGCUGGCUGAAACUUUUUUUUAGCAAAUAAAAAUGGAUUUUUUUACUUGUUACACUUGAAUUUUUAAAUAGUGAUUUUUCUUGGAAAAAACGAUUUGUUUUUACUAAAACGGCCGCCAUUUUGGCAAUUUUUGAAAUUUUUCAAAACGGCUAUGUAACAAGUUAGAUAAUCCAUAAAAACAAGCUAAAUUUGAGCUAAAUCGGUUCGAAAGAUGCUGAGAAAAACAUCUGAUGGUACGUUUUUGAAAAACAUGGUUUCGAGAGAAACGCUACCAACCGCGAAAUACUCACUAUAUCUGUAUCCAGGACAUGCAAAAUAUAU